CGGCGCCGGGCACGGAGCUGAUCCCGAUCCCAAUCCCGAUCCCGGCUCCAGGGGCAGACUGGGAAGCGGCUCCGGGAUGUGCUCCGGCCGCCUCCUGCCUCCAUAGGCACGGAUGGAAGCACCACACCUGCUGCCCUCCGGCCUCUGGGACCUGGAGCUGUGGGGCUGACCCCCCAACCCCCUUCUCCGAGCUCCCUGCGGCCCCGUGUGAAGAUAGGUUCCCAAGGGAACACCGGGAUCGAUCCCGAAGGAGCUGCCGACCUCGUGCUGCUGGUGGGGAACCUGCGGACACGGAGCAUGAUGGAGUCCCGCAUCAGGCGGCUGGCCACCACGCUGAUGGACGCCACGACGGACAAGGCCCCGCAGGUACAGGAGCAGAUCUACACUGCACUCUGCUCCCUGGGCCAGUCCGAGCCCCAGGAGAUCCUGCACUGCUGUGACCAGUACCUGCGGCAGCACGACAAGCUGGCUUACCCACACCGGGUCAUCAUCCUGAAGGCGAUGGAGACCGUGGUGAGGAACAACAUCAGCCUCCUGGACAAGGGCACGGCCAAGGUGGUCAUCUUCCUGGCCUCCAAUGAGAUGACCAAGUCAAAGGAGGUGAUCCGGGACUGGCAGCAGGCAGCCAGCAGUGUCCUGGUGGCCGUGGGGCAGCGCUUCAUCAACAAGGUGAUGGAGGAGGUGCUCACCAAAUUCCAGCCGGGAAUCCUGCCCCAUUACUUCGUCCUACAGACCUUCGCCGACCUGUCUGUGUCCAAUGUGUUUGGAAUGGUUCCUUUCCUCAACUCCAUCCUCGGGACGAUGCUGCCCAUGCUGGGAAUGGCCAAGCAGGACCACAUGAAGUCUGUCUUCUGCUAUGCUCUGCAGCACUUCAGUGAGAGCAUCCAGGAGUACCUGGCGAACCUGGACCAGGCUCCAGACCCCACGGUGAGGAAGGACACGUUCUCCAAUGACAUCUUCAGUGCCUACGAGGUGCUGUUCACCUGCUGGCUCCAGCACCGCGAGCCCAAGCUGCGCUUGGCCGUGGUGGAGGCCCUGGGGCCCAUGAGUCAGCUCCUGCCUGGGGAGAAGCUGGAGGAGCAGCUCCCCAGGCUCAUCCCUGGUAUCCUCGCGCUCUAUAAGAAGCACUCGGAGGCUUUCUACAUAUCCAAGAGCCUGUGCCAGAUCCUGGAGGCUUCAGUGAACAUUGGCAGCCGCAGCCUGGACGUGCAGCUCGACCCCCUCCUGGGCACCCUGCACCCCCAGAUCUGUGCUCCUGCAGACCCUGCUGUGCCCCUCACCAUUAAGAACCACACUGAGGUCCUGCGGUGCUUCACUGUCCUGGCCUGCUCCUUCCCUGACCGUGUCCUGGCCUUUCUGCUGCCCAAGCUGGAGAGCAGCAAUGAGAGGACCCGUGUGGGGACCCUGCUCAUCAUGAGGCAGAUCAUCAACAGUGCCCCCUCCCAGAUGGAGAUCAAAAAGCCCUUUAUUCUGUCGUCCAUGAAGCUCCCCCUGCAAGACAGCAGCCCCAAGGUGAAGCGAGCCGUGGUGCAGGUGAUCAGUGCCAUGGCCCAUCACGGGUACCUGGAGCAGCCUGGAGGCGAGGCCAUGGUGGAGUUCCUGGUGCGGCAGUGUGCCCUGGCCUCCGAGCUGCAUCCCAAGAAGCAGGCGCCGGAUGCUGAGGAGCUCACCAGUGACAGUGUCCAGAGCAUCAGCAUCAACACCCUCUUCCUCCUCAGCACCACUGUGGACAGGAUGAAACAACGUGAGGUGCUGUGGCCCUACCUGCUGGAGUUCAUCACCCCCAUCCAGUUCACCAAUGCCCUGACCCCACUGUGCAGGAGCCUCAUGUACCUGGCCAUGAAGAAGGAAGAGGAGGGGGAGAACGCGUCCCUGCUCCGAUAUGAUGUGAAUGCAAACCUGCCCUCGCCCCAUGCUCUGACAACGCGGCUGCUGGUUGUGUCCUCGCAGCCCCACACCGGAGCCUGCCGGGGGGCGGCCGCCCUGCGCCUGCUCCAUGUCCUGCACGGCAGCAUCCACCCCUCACUGGGGCCCCUAUGGAGCAAGAGGGUCCCAGUCCUGCUGGAGCACAUUGAAGAGAACACGGAGCAGGGCCUGUCCCAGAAGGAAUGGGAGGAGAAGCUGCUGCUGUUCCUGCAGGAGACGCUGGCGGCUGUCGCUGACAGUGCCUGGAUUGGGCAGUUUGUGAUGGAGAUGUGCCGGCAGCUCAGCACCUACAACGGCUUCCCUAUGGAGAAGAACUUCCUAUACAAAUGCAUUGGGACAACGCUCGGGGCCUGCACCAGUAAGGACCUUGUGCAGAAGCAGCUGCAGGAGCUCCUGGAAACAGCCAGAUACCAGGAGGAGGCAGAGAGGGAGGGACUCGCCUCCUGCUUUGGGAUCUGUGCCAUAAACCACCUGGAGCAGACCCUGUCCAAGCUGGAGGAGUUCGUCCGCUCUGAUGUCUUCAAGAAAUCCGUGGGGCUCUUCAGUAUCUUCAAGGACCGCAGUGACCACGAGGUGGAGAAGAUCAAGAGCAGCCUCAUCCUGUGCUAUGGGUACGUGGCUGCCUAUGCCCCCAAGGAGCUGGUGCUGUCCAGGAUCGAAGCAGACAUCCUGAAGAACAUCUUCCAGUACUUUAACACCAAGGUUCUGGGCAUUAAAGUAGAAACCAAGGACCUGACGCUGAAGCUCUGCCUCAUCCGGAGCAUCUGCAUGAUCAGCCAGGCCAUCUGCAAAGGGGGCAAGUGUGGGGACUUCAUCUUCUCCCGCAAGGCUGAGCUCGUGGCCCACAUGGUGGAGUUCAUGAAGGCAGAGCCCCAGGACACGCUGCGGACGCCGGUUCGGCAGCGAGCCAUGAUCACCUGCACGUACCUGGUCAUCCUGGAGCCCCACUUGAGUGACCCUGACCGGACAGAGCUCAUUGACACGUGUCUGGCUGGAGUGCUGGCGCUUCCACCGCUGGAGCUGGCCAAGGACAGGGAAGAGAAUGGCACCGAUGCCAUUCCUAAGGAGGUGCUGUAUGGUGACACCAUGGAUGCCCUCAAAGACCUGCUGAAGAGCCUCCUGCAGAGGAACCUGACCCCCCAUGGGCUCCAGGACAUGUUUGCGCAUUUAGGGCCAUGGAUCAAGUCGAGCAAGGACCACGAGCGGCAGCGGGCGGUGGAGCUCAGUGCUGCACUGUUGGACUUCUACCUGAGCGCAUUGAACGUCAGUACUGUGACCCCCUUCUACAACCUCAGCGUCCUCCUGGCACUGUUCUCACCUCGCUGCUCGGAUGCGGUGGUCGAUGUCCGUCUGCAUGCUGUGGACUGUGUCUGCUGCCUGCUCUACAUCCAGCUCUGCUAUGAGGGCUUCGCCCGGGACCACAGGGAUGAGAUGGUGGAGGGGCUGAAGGCUCUGAAGCAAGGCCUGGAGGACCCUGACUUCACUGUCCUCUUCCACACCUGCAACAACAUGGCCAUGGUCGUGGGCAAGCGCAUCCCUCCGGACCAGCUCCUGAGCCUCCUGCUCGCCCUGUUCGAGGGGCUGGUGGAUCCCGACAGGAACUGCUCCCGAGCAGCCACCGUCAUGAUCAACUCCCUGCUCAAGGAGCGUGGGGCUGUCCUGCAGGAGAAGGUCCCAGACAUCAUGAGCAUCAUCCACAGCAAGCUGGAGGAGGUGGAUGAGGAGCACAUCCGCAAGGCUGCCCAGCAGACCGUUUACAUCCUGGCCUCCCAGCACAAGAGCCUGGUGGUCUCCAGCCUGCUGGGCACUGCUCUGCCCUUCGACAGCCACACGUGCACCAUGUGGAGGGCUCUGGCCACCGAACCCACCCUGACCUCACAGAUCCUGGAGCAGCUCCUGGAGAAGCUGAACAGGGAUGUGCCAUACAAGGAGAGCAAAUGCUUCCUGCUGGGCAGCGGCUCGGAGCGCAUCGCUACCCCCCUGCCCCUGGCUGCCACGUGUGCUCUCCAUGAGCUCAUGUCUGCUCCGGAGUCUGGCCCCGCUGUGCUGGGGCUCUAUGCCCCCCUCUUUGUGACCCUGCUCCUGCGCCUCAGCUGCUCUGUGGGUGUCCAGCUCCCCAAGAGCCUGCAGAGCCGGGACAGGAGGAGCAGCAGCAGCAGCAGCCUCCAGCCCUGCAGCACCGCGGUGCAGACGCUGAAGGCCAUGCUGGUGCGGGGGGGCAGCGAGGAGGUGGUCAAGGCCAUGGACAGCACCGGAGCCUGGGACCUGAUGGUGACUCCGGAGCGGCACCACGAUGGGAUCACGGUGCUGGCCGGUGCCAUGGCCAGACACGCUGGCCCCCGCCUGCCCCUGAUCGUCAAGAACCUCGUGCCAGCUCUGAGCAGUGUCUUUGAGAGCCAGAGGAUCACAACCACAGCCUUCUUUGCUGAGCUCCUGGGCAGCAGGGUUCUGAGCGACCUGCUGCUGCUAGAGACGGUGAUGGACAACGUGUCCGGGCGGCAGAAGGACCCAUGCACCCUGGUGCGGAUGCUGGUGCUGCGCGGGCUCGGGAACGUCGCCGCGGGAUCCCCGGAGAAGGUGAGGAAGCACGGAGCCAAGCUGCUGGCCUCCAUGGUCAGUGGCAUGGAUGACAAGGAUGAUCCCAACAACCUGGUUGCGCUGGAGGCCAUGUCCAGUCUCUCCAAGCUCCUGGAUCAUGUGGAAGAGGGGGACAUCCAGGCCAUGCUCCUGCACAUUGCCAUCCGGAUCCGGCCCUUCUUUGACAGUGAUCAAGCUCCUCUCCGCCGCUGCUCCAUCAUCCUCUUCGGGCACCUGAGCCGCCGCAGCCGCAGUGACCUCCUCCUGGAGCAGCUCCUGAGCGCGCUCGUGCCACUGCUGCUGCACCUGCAGGACCCGCAGCCGGACGUGGUCAAUGCCUCCAAGUUCGCCCUGCGGAUGUGCGGCCCCAGCCUGGGCUGUGAGGGGCUCGGGGCCAUGUUCCAGCAGCACCUGCAUGAGGACCGAAGCCUGCACUAUGGGGAGUUCAUCAAUGAUGUCUGCAAGCACCUGAUGCAGAACUUCCCGGAGAUGCUGAACCGCCUGAUCCUCACCAACCUCUUCUACUUCAAGAGCAGCUGGGUGGAGAUCCGGGCAGCAGCUCCCAUGUUCAUUGGCUUCCUGGUGCUGCACGUGGAUGAGGAUCAUUGUCAGCAAGUGGAUCUGGACCAGCUCAUUUCGGCUCUGAACCUGCUCCUGAAGGAUCCGGUUCCCUCCGUCCGGGUGAAGGUGGCUGAGACCCUGGGUCGCCUGGUCCGGAUCCUGUGAGCUCCACUGCAGGGACCCAUGGGCAGCUCCAUCCUCCCCAGUCUGCCUCCAUGGGCAUCUCCAUCAUCCCCAGUCUGCCUCCAUGGGCAGCUCCAUCCUGCCCAGUUCACCUCCAUGGGCAGAUCCAUCCUGCCCAGUCCACCUCCAUGGGCACCCCCAUCGUCCCCAGUCUGCCCCCAUCGGCAGCUCCAUCCUGCCCAGUCCAUCCCCAUGGGCAGCUCCAUCCUGCCCAAUCCACCUCCAUGGGCAGCUCCAUCGUCCCCAGUCUGCCCCCAUGGGCAGCUCCAUCCUGCCCAGUUCACCUCCAUGGGCAGCUCCAUCCUGCCCAGUUCACCUCCAUGGGCAGCUCCAUCGUCCCCAAUCCACCUCCAUGGGCAGCUCCAUCAUCCCCAGUCUGCCUCCAUGGGCAUCUCCAUCCUCCCCCUCCGCUCACAGUGGACAUUGGUUAUCCCAUGGGAUGGGGUUGUCCUCGAUGGCUGCAGGUGAUGGGAAGGGGCUGCUGGAGCCAGUGCCCCUGUUCAGGAUGGAGCCCCCAGACCCCCCCACUGCUGCUGCUGAUGCUGGGUCCCCAUCCCUGGGUGCCUGAGCCCCCCCCAAGGUACUUGUACAUAGGUGUGUUUUUAAAUAAAGCUCUUUGCUCCUCAA